AUGGUCGACCUUCAUUCCCUCCCCCAGGGAUCCCGCCCCGAGCAAGCAAUCCGCAACAACGGCCCCAACGACCUUGCCCUCGAGCGAUACAAGCUCCGCGAAUUGGCCGAGGGCUGGCCUCUCUACAGAGACGCCUGCGAAUGGGAGAAUCUAAAGUCCAUCUUCCAUCCCGACGCGUACAUUUACACGACGUGGACCGGCCGAACGCAUCAUCUCGAUUUCAUCGCCGCCUCGCAGCGCGGAAUGGACGCCGGCGCCUUCAUCAUGCACCGCUGCCACGGCAUCAGCACGGACAUUGACAGCCACGCGACCCGCGCCGUCACCAAGAUGAAAGCCACCAUCACCCAACGGUUCGUGAUCCAGGGCUGCGAGGUCGACGCCGAGAGUGAUUGUCGGUUUUGUUUCUUUUGGAUCAGGAUGCCCGAGACCGGAGAGUGGAGGGCCCGGUAUGUGAGGCAUUGGUAUGAGAAGGACAAACUCAUCGCAGUGAACCCCGCCAAAGUCCCCAUUCUCGACGAGCACCGACUGAGACAGUUUCCCGGCGGGUAUCGCUAUCUGGCGUACUGUCAGGAAGAAACCAUGGGUGUCAAAGUGCUCAGGGACAUGCCGGGCCAUAGGCGGGAGAAUGGUGUCGAAGGUGGCUCCAAGGCGUGUGGCGAGAAGCAUGAUUUGCUGUAUUGGCAGUGUAAGAGCUGGGUGGAGGGUGGGGAGGUUGAGAUUUGA